GUGCUUUCCGCUUUCAAAAGAGAGAGAGGGAAAACAUAAAGCAGCAACAGUCUCCAUGGUCGAAGCGAUGGGUAAAACGACGUUUUCCGGUGGAGUAUCGCCGCCGGUGAGACAUUGAAGGGACCGCAUCGUCGGCUUCGGACAGAGAAGGUGAUGAGUUUUGUCGCUGGUCUCCGGCUGGGAGAAACAGAGGUGAAACGGCGGCGUUUUCGGGUCUAGAGAGAGAGAGAGUUGAGAGAAGGAGAAGAUGGAGAUUAAUGGCUGUUUGGAUGAGUAUGAGAAGCUUGUGUUCAGGAUGAACACUCCGAGGGUGGUGAUCGACAACGGCGUCUACGCUUCUGCAACAAUCGUCAAGGUCGACAGCGCAAGGAGGCAUGGCAAUUUGUUGGAAGCCGUGCAGAUCCUGACCGAUUUGAACCUCUCCAUCAAGAAAGCUUACAUAUCUUCGGAUGGGAGAUGGAACAUGGAUGUUUUUCACGUCACUGAUUUAGACGGAAAAAAGCUGAAUGAUCAGAGCGUUCUGAGCUUCAUUGAACAGUCGAUCGAGAUGGUAUAUUACGGUCAAAACAUUGAAGUGAAUGGUCUAACAGUCUUGGAGUUAACCGGAAGAGACCGAGUUGGAUUACUGUCUGAAGUGUUUGCGGUUCUGUCUGAUCUCGACUGUGACGUAGUUGAUGCCAAGGUCUGGACACACAACGGAAGAAUCGCGGCCAUAAUCUACGUAAAAGAUUGUAAUUCGGGUUCUCCUAUUCAAGAUUCGCAGAAGAUUGCAAGAAUCGAAGCACGUUUGAAAAACCUCUUGAAGGACGGUAACGACAUCAGAAGCGCGGCGAGAACUUGCGUUUCCAUGGCGGUAACUCACACGGAAAGGAGGCUUCACCAGUUGAUGUUCGAGGACAGGGACUACGACAGAAAACCCGGGUUUCAGACAAAACAGGAGGACAAGACUUCCUUUGUGACGGUUCAGAAUUGGGCUGAGAGAAGCUAUUCCGUUGUUAAUGUUCAGUGUAAAGAUCGGAUAAAACUUCUCUUUGAUGUGGUGUGUACGUUGACAGACAUGGAUUAUGUUGUGUUUCAUGCCACCAUCAACACACCUGCAGAGCAAGCAUACUUGGAAUUCUAUAUUAGGCACAAGGAUGGGUCACCGAUCAAUUCAGAAGCAGAGAGGCAACGUGUGAUUCAGUGCUUGCAAGCCGCAGUUGAAAGAAGAGGAUCCAAGGGUGUGAGACUGGAGCUGAGGCAUCCGGACAAGCAAGGAUUACUAGCCGAGGUUACAAGAACGUUCAGGGAGAACGGUGUAAACGUGACGAGAGCAGAGAUAUCAACGAAAGGCGGCACUGCGACGAAUAUAUUCUACGUGACAGAUGCCAAAGGCGAAGCAGCCGGGCACAAACUGAUCGAAUCUGUGAGGGAGAAAAUAGGGUUUGAAUGCUUGAGAGUGAAGGAGGAAAUGGCGACGAGAUUGCAUCCCAAGAAGAAGGAAGAGAAACAGCACACACUGACAUCACUUGGGAGUUUGGUUUGGAGAAAUCUCUUCAGCUUUGGUCUGGUGAAAUCAUACUCUUAGGUCCCCCAAAAUUUAGGGCUUUUCAAAUACGGUUAUGUUUUCAUGUAAAUGGGUGAAAUUAGGUAUUUUGUUUUACUCGGAAUUUGGGCACAUUCCUUUGGUGUACAUAGAGAGAUUGGAGAUUUAUGGUUAGAAUUUAGGUAUGCUUUAGUGUAUUCUUGAUUUGGGGCUUUAGGGUUAGGUUGCACAUAAUUUCUAUUGAUAAUUAUAGAUUAUUGUUGGUUGA